AAGGAGUCGUAAAUAGGCCAAUACUUUCUGUUAAUUACUCAACAGUACUGGUACUGGUUGGAACGCCGUCUUGAAAAAAACACUUUACCAUCCAUUGACAAAUUUUUGACAUUUUAGGAUGCUUUGAAACCAGUGCUGACGUGGUUGAGGUCAAAGCAUUAUCAGUUUUCUUUUAUUGUAUAGUAGAUGACAUUUUAUCGUUUUUUAAAGUUCUAACGGAGAUAUUUAUCAACAAAUUGCUGGGUCCUACAACCGGAAGGAGUGUAGGACGUCAUCAAUACGUCUUGACUAAGGUGCAAUUCAACCAAUCUAUAUAAUUUAAUACUUCAACAAACUAUAUUUCACCAUUGUAUAAGUAAAAUUGGUGUGAUUUAGUUGUUUAAAAGCUCAGACAGCGACGCUCCGACGCGAUUCAUCGUCGGGAAGUGAAGUGGGUAGUGAGACUUGCUGCUGAUUGGUGGAAAACAAUAACUGAGACUACGUGCGAAAAGGCUAAUACAAAAGCCAGAAUUCACAGCCUGUGCAAAAAAGGGUGGGCGUGGCUAGAAAGCGAUCGACUGGUAGACUGUUUUAUCGCCCUCCAAGCAUAGCCUUUCUGUUCCUUGAUCCUUGUACGGAAAUCACGUCAUGUUUCACCAAUGAAACAUUGGUCGUUGGAAUGAUCUGAACUGUGGUGACAAGAUUCCAUUCAUUUGCAAGAAGCCGUAUGGAAGCAUAAUCACCGACGCUCCAAUAACAACUGCUUUGCCGCAAGGCAACUGUCCUUCGGGCUGGACUAAGUUUAACAAGCGAUGUUAUCAGUUCCAAGGAUCUAUCGAAGUUGAUCGCUUUGGUUGGAGGGACGCAAGAGAUAUGUGUCGCAACAUCGGGGGAGAUCUUGUCACUAUACAUGACCAGCAUGUUAAUGCUUUUAUUACCACAAAGCUAAAAGAUCUGGAUUAUCCCAUGUGGAUUGGCCUGAGUGAUCUUACAACCAACAAGCAAUUUCGUUGGACUGAUGGAACGACUGUGGAUUAUACCAAUUGGGCCGCAGGAGAGCCUAAUGAGGCCGGUGGAGGGGAAGAUUGUGUAGAACUGAUUGGGAGUGAGUACCAGGCUGGACUGUGGAAUGAUAAUUCGUGUGGUAAAAUGAAUGGCUAUAUAUGCCAAGAUGCUUUUGAUAUCAAUGCCCCAGAGCCCCCAGUUACAAGCACAUCAUGCCGACAAGGGUAUAAUCAAUAUUACGACGGUUGUUUCCUAUACUUGGAUGGUUAUUUUGAAUUUAGCAUGGCUGUAUAUACGUGCUCAAGCAUAGGCAACGAUGUUUCCAUAGCAAACGUUGUGGAUAUUUACGAACAAGCGUUUAUUGAGCAAUUAAUUGGUGGAUACGGAGGAGGAGAAACCUGGAUUGGCAUGGCUGAUGAUAAGGUUGCCGGCGGGUAUCAAUGGGUGAACAAAUGGCCAGUGUGGUAUACUAAAUGGGGGCGUAAUGAACCAAGUAAAGGUCCUGGCGAAGGUUGUGUAAUGAUCAAUGCUGAAGGUUAUUGGGACGAUACUAAGUGCAGUGACCAGCAUCCUGUACUGUGCAAGUACUCCCUAGCACCAAUACCAACUAACCCUCCUGACCUUCCUGGUACAUGCCAAACAGGCUGGGAACCAUUCGGAAGUUACUGUUAUUACUUUGAACUAGAAAAAGGAUCAACAAUCUCAUGGCCUGAAGCCCAAUUUAGCUGUGCACAAAUUGGUGCGAAUCUUGCUAGCAUUCACACAAAAGCAGACAAUGAUUUCAUCUCAAAAAAAGCAACAGAUUCCGGUUUAGAUUUGUGGGUCGGCCUUUACAGAAUUGAUGCCGGUGGAUUUGCAUGGUCAGAUAACAGCCCAAUUGAUUACUCUAACUGGAACAAUGGCGUGCCAAGUACUAUCUAUAACGGUGAACACGAAAACUGCGUGGAAGUGCUACGACCAUACGGUAAAUGGAACAACAUCGAAUGUUACAACCACCAAGGAUACGUUUGCAGGAUUGAAAAGACCCCACUCACAAGAAUGACUACAAAACCAAAUGUCCCGAUAACCACACAGCGCCAUCGAACAAUUGUUAAUCAAACGACAAAGUCAAAUACCGAACAACGACCAACUCAACCGCUGCCUCAAAAUACAACAAGGAGACCUCAACCACCACGGACGACUGACAAGGACGGCAAAACAGAUAAUGGACAAACCCAAAAUAAAGGUGCGAUUGUUGGAAUAUGUGUUGCAGCUCUGGCGGCCAUUUUUCUUGUGAUUAAAAUAUUCCAUUUUGCUGUUGUCCGUUCAACGAGGAAACACAACGAUCCAAAUGGAAGUAUUGGUUUCGAUAACGCUUUAUAUAACGUGGGAUCAAAUUCAGUAGAAGUAGAUAAGAAAGUAUAAUGUUUUAGUUUUAAGGUUAAGUUCUAUGUAGACAAGUGACAGUGUUCGGAAAGAACUAUUUUACAAAUCAGUUCAUGAAUAAAUACCAAAAAGUGAAAAACAGAAAAUUGAGGCUGACAUAAUAAGAUGGUGUGUAUUUAUUAGCCAUUUAAACACACCUAAAUAUAUUCUUGUCAUUGAUGGCCUUUAUAUCAUGUAACAUUAGUUAUUUACACCAUUUUGUCACUUAUGAAAAUUUAGUUCUAUUAGUAUACAGAAUCUUUUUCCAUUCGUUUUGUCCUAUUGAACGCCUCCACCAAAUACAAUUUCAUUGGUAGAAAAAAGGUAGACCCAAUUUUAUUUUUCAUAAAAUAUCAAAUGACGAGGAUCUAGUUUAGGUGUGUUAUAAAACGGAUAAUGAAUGUGUUGUAGUCGUGCAAUGGGAAGAAUAUUUUCAGUCGUUGAAAGAUUGACAGUUCUAUUCAACGAAUGAAAAUGUUGUAUUGUUGGAAUAGGCAUUAUCCUUCCAAAUCAUACAGAGUAUUAGAAUUGUUCCCUUUCUUUCUGCAUUUAUAGUUGUGAGCGUUGUAUAGGCUAACCAAAAUAGAACCAUGAGUGUUUUCUUGUUCCGUGACAAACGUUCAAGCAAUGUCAAAUAAUUCAGUGUUUUUUUUUUUAUUAACUCUGAAAAGAAAAAAAAGAUACUUAAUUUUGAAUGACGUUUGCAAACUUUGCUCAACGGCCAAAGAGAGCUAUGGGCAUUGCUGUGUGUCUGCUUUAGGCUAACUCAUUGGCUUCUAAUGUCAACAGAAUAGUACUUAGGCCUGUAAAGUGCUUU